AUGGACAAUGAAUUGCCAGAGCUGGUUGCUUUCCUUCAAGAGAGCAGUAAUUACCAGUGUUUUAAGGACAUUUGCAUUGACAAGGAAGUGCCAUCUCAGGAAAAAUAUUUGGUAGAAAACUGUGAGCUGGACCACAGUCGUAUCGCUUGCAUACUUGACUCUGAUCUGGACAGCAGCAGUGAAUCAAUUGGAGAAACUCUGGACUCGGAGUCUUCCGCUUCAACUGAGCAUGACUGUGACAAGGAUGUAAGCGAGCAGUGUGGUUCCAAGAACUUGAAGACUGAAGAUGACAAAUAUUUUGGAGAAAGUGAUGAUCAUUCAACCAAGAAGACCGUAUCUGAAACACUGCUUAUAGUUAGACAGGGUCCAAAUAACGCAGUGCUGGCAAACUCAAUGGUAUUAUCCAAAAGUCAGGCAAUUGAUGACAACAGCCUCACAAGCAAGGCCUCUGUACGAAGUGACCUGGACGAUGCAAGCAGUCUUGGCAAACUCAAUGGUAUAAUCACCAUAGAUGAAGGGAGAGAGGAAGUUACACAAAGGGCAGAGUGCCAUCCUCCCGACAUGGGAAACAUGUUCAGGCCUGAUUCGUCCGAAGAUGGGAUGUCAGCAUCUGAACCUUGUUCAGGCCUUUUAGCACUCUCAGGAGGAAUACCAAGUUACGGUAGCAUAUCUUUUCGGUCAAAUAGCAGCACAACUAGCUCCCAGUCUUUUGCUUUUCCCAUAUUAUCCUCGGAAUGGAAUGGCAGCCCGGCAAGAAUGGGGAAAGCUGACCCGAGACAAUUACAGAGACACCGCCGCCAUUGGGUGAUGCGUUUUCUCUGCUGUAAAUUCUGAAUGCCAUAUAUCUACUUCAAUCUUUUUGGCUUGUAAAUUAGUUAAGCUUUAUGCCAUGCCUUACAGAUUAUAC